UCCAUUAACACAGUCUCUCUCUCUCUCUCUGUCUGACUUUGGCGUAGCCGGUGAGAAGAACACCCAAAUCACAGUGCUAGCAAGACAGCUAGCAGCUCUUUCUUUCUUUCUUUAGAGCGAGAGACAAAACAAAAAGAAUUAAAUAUUUUUGUUCCGUGGAUUGAUUAUUCGGGUAAACAGCUUCUGGUGGUGAAGUUGUUUCAAUUCUAUUGUAUUUGUAUUUGUAUUUGUAUUGAUCCCUUCUUCGCCUCCUCCUCCGAUAUGCUAAUUGUCCGUUGAGCUCUCACUUUCGGACCAUCUGCCCAUCAUCUUCCUUGGUGGGGGUUGUUGUUUUUUGAUUGAUUCCAUUACAAGCAAUUUUUUUCUGCCCCUCUUUUACCUAUUUCCCAUAACCCCCCCCUCCUCUAUUCCAUGCGACCUCUUCUUCUAUUCAAUUCGUGAUCAUCUUCUGUAACUCGACAGAUUUAUGGCGGAAAGUCGUGGACUUUCUUCAUUAAAGACCAAUAGAUUCAGAUUGUUUUUGCGGUUUCUUCUUCGUUUCUUGGUGGGUUUUGGCUUCUGCCUACCUGUAUCCGGAUUGAGGCCUCUAAGGGAAAGGGCUCGUUCUUGGGGCGAUGAGUGGCUUCCUAUACGCAAAGAUGACAACCAACUUGGGCCAUUUUCUGCCUGGAACAUAAGUGGGACGUAUAGAGGGUCUUGGAGGUUUACAGACUCUAUGAAUACUUCUUCCAGGUUUCCCGAUUUUAGAAAAUCUAUGGGUAACUCUGUGUUUGAGUUAAAUAGUAAACCAACAAAAAUAACUGGCGUACACUAUGUCCAGGGACUAAUUAUUUUCCAUGAUGUAUAUGACAACGAACAUGAAUUUGGUGGUGCAAGAAUCAAGGUGGAAGGUGUAUACAUAUGGCCAUUCAGACAACUUCGCAUGGUUGCCAAUAGUGCAAAAGAUGGAGACGGGCAAGAAGAAGACUACAUGUUAUCCAAUCCAUACCACUUGCUUGGAGUUUUCUCAUCCCAAGUAUUCCAGGAAUCUCCUAGGGACAAAUUUUGGAAGAAGAAACUCUCACCAAUGUAUGACAUGGAGAAACAUUGCAAUCUAGAAAUUGCUGCCCAAGUUAGACUCAUAUCAACCAGCCAAAACGAUGGCGAGCAUGACCGUUUUCAUAUCGAAGGAUUAAUGGAAAGUCCAUCAGUUGAUGAUGAUGGUGAUUGUUUCUCACCCAUGACACUGAAUGGCACAUCUGUUAAUAUUGAGGUUUACUACAACAAGGCUGUCAACUACACAUUGAUGGUGACAUUUGUUUCUUUCCUUCAAGUUCUUUUGCUAAUUCGGCAAAUGGAGCACAGCAAUACACAGUCGGGAGCAGCAAAAGUUUCAAUAUUCAUGAUUGGACAGCAGGCAAUCAUGGAUGCUUAUCUUUGCCUUUUACAUCUGACUGCUGGAAUACUUGUUGAAUCCCUUUUCAAUGCUUUUGCAACAGCUGCAUUUUUCAAGUUUGUUGUCUUCUCAAUAUUCGAGAUGAGGUAUCUACUUGCUAUAUGGAAAGCUGGUAGGCCUAUGAAUAGUGGAGAGGGUUGGGAAGCAAUGAGGCGUGAGCUUUCUGUCCUCUACAGCCGAUUUUAUGGUGUACUUUUAGGAGGCAUAUUGAUAAUGUAUGAGUUCCAUAGUUUUCUUUGGCCCAUUCUUCUCCUGGUCCACUCUUUCUGGAUACCUCAAAUUGUCACGAAUAUUAUUCGUGAUUCUAGAAAACCGCUCCAUCCAUAUUACAUAUUGGGCAUGACAAUUACUCGCAUGGCAGUUCCUCUAUAUAUCUUUGGUUGUCCCCACAAUUUUAUGCGCAUCAAACCUGAUAAGACUUGGUGUAUUUGCUUGGCCGUAUUCAUGGGAUUCCAAGCAUGUGUUCUUCUUCUUCAACACUUUCUGGGAUCGCGAUGGUUUAUUCCUCGUCAGAUUUUACCUGAGAAAUACAGCUACUAUAGAAGGUUUGAUCAGGAUACGAACCGUGGAAGCACCGCCGAUUGUGUCAUUUGUAUGGCUGUUAUUGAUGUAACCCAACGUUGUAAUGACUGCAUGGUGACGCCGUGCGAUCAUUUCUUCCAUUCUGGGUGCUUGCAAAGGUGGAUGGAUAUAAAGAUGGAAUGUCCAACAUGCAGGCGCCCGCUGCCACCGGCCUGAGGGGGAUGCCUUGCCUUUUCUGUAUCUUGAUAACUGACAUCUUACAAUAUUAUGUCUAAUGAAAGGUAAAACAGUUGAAAGACGAACAAACAAACAAACAAACAAAGGCUUGAAUCCAUCCACUGCCAACAGUUUCAUUUCAGGUGAUUUGCAGCUGCAGCUUCCUUCCUAUAACAGUGAAUCUUAAUACUACAAGGGAAAGCAGUUUUGUGGUGUAAAAUUAGUGUAUAUAUAUAUAAUCACUUGGCAUUGUAGAUUUCAAAUUGACAAGUAAUUCUUCUGCAGACUUAAUUGUUUUCUCCUCUCCCACUGCAAUUCUUUUUCUUUUUCUUUUUCUGAUCUCCACCACCUCUCUGUUGUUUUUGUAACUUGAAAAAGCUCUUCCUAUCUGAAUUGAAAGUACAUAUGUAUUCUGCUUA